GUUCAUGAUAUUCUCACGUACAUUUCAUAUCGCAUCGAAAGAUAUCUGACUCUCGGAUUGAAUUAUGUAAUCGAAUAUUUAUUUCGUGAUAGAUAAGUGUUUACAAAAAUUAAUUAAUAUCAAACACUUGAAACAAAAUUAAAAUCUCUUAAAAGUAAUAUAAUAUAAUGAAUUUAAAAAAUGGUUACAAGUCCAUACAAUCAUAUGUACCAAUCUUCACAUACAUAACUGACGUACCAAUAACCUUAAAAUUAAAUUAAAAAUGUGUUAUUGAUAAUACCAAAUACAUCGUUUGUGAAUUAUUUUAAAUAUCGCAAAAAAUGUUGAAUAUGUUAGAAUUGAUUCUUAAUAAAUAUCGAAACAUUUUAUACAUAUUUCGUAGUAUGACAAGGUUAACGUAAAUGUCAAUGAAAUGAUUAGAAAAUAACCAAAAACGUAGAUAUUAAUGAUAAAACAUGACGUUUCUUAAAUCUAUUUUAUUCUAUUUCUUAGUAGUUACAUUAUUUUUGUUUUUAUUAUUAUUAUAUAUCCUUGGUGGUGUACGGUACAUCACAGAUUUUGAGAAUAAUACUUGUGAAAUGACUUAUAUGUUUGAAUAUCCUCAAUAUGUGAGGGUAGCUUUAGAUGAUAACAUAGAAAACAAUUAUCCACGAUUUGGAUUGUAUGCAUACGGAGAAGGUUUUGUUACAGAAAAACUUAGAAGAAUGCAUUUUACAGGAAUACCUGUCCUUUUUAUUCCUGGAAAUGCCGGCUCUCAUGAACAAGUAAGAUCUAUUGCUUCUGUCAGUUUGAGAAAAGCUCUGAAAGAUCGAACACCCUUUCACUUUGACUUUUUUACCGUAUCGUUGGGUAAAGAUUAUUCUGGUCUGUAUGGCGGUGUAUUGAUGGAAGAAACUAUGUAUGUUUAUCACUGCAUAAACAAAAUUUUAAGUUUGUAUAAAGGAAACAUGGAUAAUGUUGUACUUCUUGGUCACUCAAUGGGAGGAAUUAUAGCCAAAGGAGCUAUUUUAUUAGUACCUAAUGCAAAUGUUAGUACUGUCAGUAUUAUAAUCAAUUUGGCAGCUCCUUCAACACCAUCAUUAGUGCUCGAUAAUACUUUUGCCAAUUAUUAUUACGCUUUAGAGAAAAAAGCAAGUGACAUUAAAGAUGCUGGUAUAAAGGUGGUAUCAAUUGCUGGUGGCCCAAGAGACAUAAUCGUACCAGCAUAUCAAGUUAUAGAUUCUAUAGCGGAUAUAAAUAUUUUAUCUACAAGUAUACCAGAUGUUUGGAAAUCUACAGAUCAUCAAUGUAUUUUGUGGUGCAAACAAUUAGUUCUCUCUGUCGUGAGAUCUUUAUUUGAUAGCGUUAAUUAUACACAAAGACCACCUAGAAUUUAUAAUGAACCUGCUCGUAAAUUAGAAGCUUUAUCUUAUCAUUUUUUACAUCGAGCUUCAGGAAAAAGAUUAUAUCAUUAUAAAGAAAAAUUUAAUUUUAAUAAAAAAGGUGAAUGGAUAGAAAAUAUCCAGAGGCAAUACACAUGGGAAAAUAAAGUCGACAGUUCUAGAAAAGUUCCUACGUAUUUAAUGAUUAGACUUAUAGAUCCGCGUGAUCAUUUGACAAUUGAAACAAUAAACUUGGAAACAAAAGAUUGGCUCUUUGUUUGUUCUGCAUCAAAUUUGCAAGGCUACUCUAGAGUGUGCGACUGGGGUUGGAAUCUUACAAAUAGAACAAGAAUGGUUCCUGAUUAUUUAUAUAGACUCAGACGUGUUGUUGAUUUAGAUACUCAAGAAAUUAAAUAUCCAGAUGUGACACAUAUUGUUAUCAGAAUACCUUCAGAAGAUUUAAAAAACAAUGUUAUAAUUACCGUUGAUGCAUAUUCUCAUGAAAAGAGAAUUUUGCCUAUAAAAAGGAGGAGUUGGACAAUUAAAAAUCUUUUUAGCUCUGAUUUAUCUGGUCUGAUAAAUUUUACACCUGGGCAAACAAGAUAUUAUUUAACUUUAGAUAAAAUAAAUGUAGUAGAUGUGGAACUCAAAAAUAUUGAAUGUAAAGAUAUUAAAGGACCAGUUCACACUAGUAUUGAAUUAUUGGAAUCAUUGAAUUCUGACAUUAGUCAAACUAUAUUCUUAAGUGAAAUUGAUGAUGGACCUAAAACUUUAAAAGUACAGACACGUUACAACUAUAAUACUAAUAUUUCUGCAAUCUUAAGAAUGACUUUAGAACCAAAGUGUUCAUAUAAAUUUAAUAUUAAAGAAGGUGGCAUAAUAGAUCAGAUUUCUUGUUUAAUACGAGAUCGCUGGUCUAAUCUUUAUAUAAUUAUCAUAAGUUUACUCUUAAUAAUAAUAUCAUCGCGAAUAGAUAGCGAUAAAAAUAUAUAUCCGCCAUUAACUGUUACAAUUGCUUUAUGCAUCUACUUUGGUAUUGUUUUCGAAAGUUUUGUGGCUUUAGCCAUAAUUUGUAUAUUCGCUAUUGGUACAUGCUGUUCUGUUAUUUUCCUUGGUUCAUUAGCACAUGGCAUAGCUGUAAGGUUUUUAGCACGAGCAAUAGCCUUUUCGAUGACGUGGGCUGAUUGGUUACUCGGUGGAUUAAAUCAAUUGCCAUUCUUUACAACAAUUCUUGUCAUAUCUUUAGUUCCAGCAACGUGUGGAGCAUUAUCUAUGGUUAUCUCAGUAUUUCUGCACUUUUUAAAAUUGACGAGAAUGUAUGAAGAUUAUUUAGAAGAAUUAUUGAUGUCUUGCUUACAACAUUUUACCUUUGGUAGAUUUUUUAAGAGUAGAACAAGAACAGAAACUACUGGAACAAGUGCAAAUAGUCAGCAAAAAAUAAUAGAUUAUUUAAUUCUUUUUAUUUUAUGGAGUUUUACCGCUAUAGCUGCUAUACCAUCUGUUCUUGUAUGGGCGAAAAAUUUCAGUUAUAGUACACGAUUAUUGACAGAAGAUUCUAUACUGCUCAUUAGCUGGGAAAUUUUAGCUGUGUGUAAUACUCUUGAACUCGUACAAAUAUCUUCCAAAUCUUCCAAUUCAUGGAUAUUAAGCAAUAUGUUGCGUUUUCUAAGUUGGAUUAUGCUUUCUACGACAGCAACUGCUCGUCCAUCCUUUUUUCAAUGUUUUAUACCACCCUCCGUGGCAUUAAUUGUAGUUAUUCUUUCUCUUUAUUGUAUUAUUACUAACAGAUUGAGGGUGAGGCUAGCAACAUACCCUCAGUAAAAACAAUAAAUCGCUCCUAGAAAUAGCAAUAAAAAAAAAGCUUUUAUAACAGGACAAAAUUCUAAUAAAAAGAGGAAGAAGAAAAAGACUAACAGAUUAUACUCAUAAUACAAUUAAAUAGUUAAAUAAACUAUUUACGCAAAUUUUAUCAAAGGAAAUAAAAUAAACUGUAUUGUAUCAUAAAAUACAUGACUUAUUAUUCGUGAAAAAAAUUAAAAUAUACAUAUUCAAUGAUCAAACUUAUGUUAUCUAUGGGUGCAUAAAAUAGUCAACAGGUUGAUUCUAAUGUACAAAGAUUUUACCGCUAAGCUGGGGAUAUACAUAAUAAAUAAUUCUACUAAUAAUAUAAAGAUUGUCAAAGAAAUUGUGUAAAUAGUUUUCAUUGACUUCUUAUUAAAAUGUGUAUACAAUUUACAAACAAUAAAAAGUCAGUUGAAUUUAAAAUUAAAUUAUUUAAAAAUGUAUUAGAUGUUCUUCUAUUAAUUCAUUUGACAGAAAUGACAGAAUAUGUAUGUAUACAAAGAAUAAAACUUCUUCCCCAAAAUAUUAAUAAAU